AUGGAGAUCUAUUUCUUAGGGAUAAGCAGAAAUGUUGAUUUCACCCUGCAAAGUCCUGUUGUUAACUUCCGUAGCACAGAAGGAUAUUUAGGCAAAGGAAAAACUAGUGUCGGGCCCGGCAGAUGUGAUGACAACGUGCUAAAUGAAAUGGAAAACUGGACCAUGGGACUCUGGCAAGCCUGCGUCAUCCAGGAGGAAGUGGGGACACAGUGCAAGGACUUUGAGUCUUUCUUGGCUUUGCCUGCCGAACUCAGGAUCUCCAGGGUUUUAAUGGUUCUGUCCAAUGGGCUGGGGUUUCUGGGCCUGCUGGUCUCUGGGUUUGGUCUGGACUGUUUGAGACUUGCAGAGAGACAGCAGAGUCUCAAGACACGAAUGCUAAUCCUGGGAGGAAUUCUCUUCUGGACAUCAGGAAUCACAGCCUUUGUUCCGGUCUCUUGGGUCGCCCACGUGACGGUUCAGGAGUUCUGGGAUGAAGCUAUCCCAGAGAUUGUCCCCAGGUGGGAGUUUGGAGAAGCCCUCUUUUUGGGCUGGUUUGCUGGAUUUUCUCUUGUCCUGGGAGGGUGUCUGCUUAACUGUGCGGCCUGUUCGACCCGAGCUCCUCUAGCUUCCAGCCACUAUGUGGUGGCAGAAAUGCAAGACCAGCGUCAGCACUUGGAGAUGAAAAGCACUCACCUGGAAAUCUAAGCUGGAUGGGACCCAUGGGAUCUUCUCUUCAGGUCAGGCUUGCUCCACUCUGGAUUUGGUAGGAUUUCCCACUACACGGUCACCCACUCACGAGGCUUUUGAUUUUCUAAAAUGUAGUUUCCCCCACUUUGGCUAAUUAGUUUCUUAAGCUAUGACCUCUCUCUAAGACUGGUGAACUACUUUUAUCUUCUACUCUGACACCAAAACCAAUCAGGACUUAAUAGUAAUCAUACUGGUACUGUGGAUGCAUUUCUCUCAAUUUUAACUUAAGGCUCAGUGACUGCACAGAACUGGUAAAUAAAACAUUGUAUUAAUACUUAUGGAUCUUUGAAGGUUAUCAUACAGAGAUGAAUCAUCUCAGCAAUUAAAAAUAUUACUGCUAAUCAUUUACUUCUUUCAGGUGUUUAAGAUAAUCAACUAUAACGAGACUAAGAUUUUGUUGUGUACGUAUUUACAGUGCAUGACGUCCGAUUAUAGUAAAAAAUAAUUGCUGGCUCUUCAAAAGCUUUAGAGGCAAGAGGCAUGGGACACAUCACCUCAUUUUCAGUCAGAGACCUCAGUGUCACGAGGAGUCUUUCCCAGAGUCAGCCUCAUCCAUUCAUGCCUCUGAGCAGAGGAGGGCGAUCUUGUGUGUUGGAAGAUUCGGGUAGAAUCUACCAGACAAAUGUGCUUCUGUCCCUGCACCUGUGCUCUCUAUCUGCUGGACACCAUUCCAGACUGGCUCGGCUCUGAGCAGCCCUGGGGCCAGGCAGGUCAGGACCUGCAUGUGUGUGCCGAGAGCCUCCUGGGACCGCAGCCUCAUUUCAGAGUGUGUGGCCCACUGAGGAGGUGCUACAACAGAGUGUCUCUUCUGGAGCCCUUUGUUUUAUUUGUACAAUGAAAAUAUUCUGCCUUUUUUUUUUUUUUUUUAUCAGCAAUAUGUUAGUCCAAACAAGAACUGCUGGCUUGGGGAAUUCUUCAUGAAAGAUUUUAUGUUUGCUUGGUAUAUGGGUCAAGUGAACUCUGUGUUUGCGCCAAUCAGGGAAAUCAACCGAACAAGAAACGACACUGAAAUAAAGUAUUAAGCAAUAGGUAUCUUUGUUUCUUGUUUCUUGAUUUUUUUUUUUAAACACUGAAUUUUUUCUAUACACAAACACAUGGAAAGUGCAGAAUCAAAAUUAUUCUAUGUGAUGUAUUUGCAUACUUUUAUAAACAAGACAAAUUAAAACAGAAACAUAUUCAGAAUUUAACCUGAUUAAAUAUUUAGUUUAGUCCUGAGCUUUUGACAUUUAAUACAAUAUAGAUAAAGCAAUAGAAAAAAAUUAAAAUUUAUUUGAUUUGCAUGCUACAGAGAUUCGGCUAAACUUUGUUCACUUGGCUAGCAACUGUUUUUUUGUACCUGUAACACUUAAGAUUCUGAUAUACAAAACUGUGAUAGCAUACUGAUAAUUCAAACUUGAGAACUAAAUAUUACAUUCUUUUUUACCCUGUGUGGAAUAAAUCCUACUUUUUAAAAAUAGUAUUUAUAAUAUUAAAAUUCAUAUUUGCCCAUAUGUUUUUGUGAUCAAGUUAUUAAAACGUUUCAUCGCUAUGAAUCAUUUGGGUUAGUACAAUUGUGACAAUGACAGGAUUAUUAAAAGCUGCCUAUAAAUACAUAACACUAUUGCUGAUUUUUAAAGUGUGAAAAAGGAUUAUAUUAAAAUAAGUUUGUGUCUCAUGUUAGAAAUGAGCAAAUUUUGUAAAAUAAAACCAAAAGCAUCUUGGUCACAACUGUUAACUACCAGCCUGAGACAGAUUUUAUUUUUUAAUACUUGCCUGAAACUUUUUGUACUACAAAAAGUUAACAGCUAAUCUGGUGAAGACUUAUAAAGCUGUAAAUAUUCCAAUAUAGCCUCUUCUAUGUCAAACAUUUUAAAUGGCCAGAACCAAACUAUAUAUUAAACAGAACAUAAAUAAGACCGUAAAUAAAUAAAUGAAGAAAAUAAAAUCGUACGGUACACCUACACGUAAUUCUAUAAACAUGUUCACGGUCAAAGUAAGAAGCUGAACACAGCUGCCCUUCACUUUACAUUAAAUAAACUUGGCUUUCACGUUUGACCUGGACGUGGGUGAAAGUACUGUUUGCAGUUUUCCUUAGAAAUCUAACAGAAAAAACUGGGCAGCCCUGGAGGACUGAAUUAGUCAAUUCACUAGGCUGGCUUCUGUUCAGAGUAGUGUCCAGUUAUGUCUUCAAAGAAAUUUACAUUUAAGUGGUGGAACAUUUAGGAAAAAAAUAACUACAGGUCUAGGCUCAAAAACUGUUUAUUUUGAACUUUGUUCUGAUAAACUGUCUAAAUGAUGUAUACUUCUAAGAAAAUAAAAAAAAUUAUUGCUGGUGAAGACUGUAGCUUAGGAACAGAACUUUUUAAAAGAAACCAUCCCUUUAAGAUGAUUUCAUACUUCUUACAAAAGAAAAUGAUGAAGUUUGCUAUAUAAGAUUGCUUCUUCCAGUAUAACAAACUCGGCUGCUUUAAAUUGUCUAAAUAUUAUAUAUGUCAAAAGCCUUCACGCUGGUAGAGCUGAACUGAGGCUCUGUUUAAUUUACGACGUGCCUGUGUGUGUUGGGAAGCUAAAAUUCUGGGUGAGAGGACACUUCGGUCAGUCUGCACCCCUAGCCUUGUUUAUCCAGAAUAGUUUUCUUUCUUUUUAAACAAUUUAGCCUAUACUUCAAAUGAACAAUCACCCCGGCACACUGCUCCCUUGACUGCUCAACUGCUUACCGUAAGUCCUGUUAGACUUUCCUGAAAAUGGGUGCUGUAAGGUAAUUUCUAGUCGAUGUUAGAAAUCGUUUGAUAUGCUUUGAUUUUACUUUUGGCAACUUUGAUUCAAUCAAGACCUCCUCUCCUCUGCUCUUGGUUUUAUUAAAACGAGAGCUGCUGUGUUUUCCUCCAUGUCACCAGGACACCGGGGUCACCUAUUCUACCGGACACAGUUCUCACACCGAGGACAAAACACCGGUGCCAGCCAGACGCGCACAGUGUGCAAACUUAGUAAAUCCGGGCUGAGUCAGAAGCAGCAGUCUGCGUGAUGAGGUGAUUUUAGCGUAUUUCAAGCUGGUGGGGUUCUUUCUUCGCCCUUCCCCUCAGUGUCAUGAAUCACAAGAUCUUUAGCGUAGCCGGGAGCAUGGUUUCUCUGUAGUCUCAUAUUCUUGCAGCCAGUACCCUGUUGAUAUAGUCUGGCUUCUUUAGACCAAUAUAAAAGGACGCAAAGGGAACUGUGCUAAGGAAACAAGGCGUGUGAGCACAGGGGCCGGAAGGCGCGUGGCACCCGUCUCAGGUGGAUGG